AGUUUUUCUUAUUUCGUUUUUUCCCAUAAAGUGAUGCGCAGAAUCCUGCCAUAAAUCUUCCACAGUGAGAGGGGGGAGAGCAAAGACAAACCUUAAGUUGUGUAAAGAAUAGUGUAGAAUAAUCACAACUACAAAUUACAUAUUACACGCAUUUCGCUAAGCAAAGACCACUGAGCAGACCUUAAAGAAAAAACACCUCCGCAAACAUAUAUAGCCCAACAUCCUCUCUUCCAGUUCUAACCACUGCCGUUCGGUAUGGGAAGUCACGUUUCCGUCAAGGACGCCGUUUUGGUCUCUCCGGUCGAGCCCACUCCUUCGAAGAUCCUCGCUCUCUCGGCCCUCGAUUCGCAGCUCUUCCUCGGCUUCACCAUCGAGUACCUCCUCGUCUACAAGCCUCACCCCGGGUUGGAUCGCGAUCGCGUGGCGGUCCGCUUGAAGGGCGCACUCGCUCAAGCCUUGGUUCCGUAUUAUCCGCUUGCAGGCCGGGUCAAGGCCAAGCCGGACGGCUCGAGGCUCGAAGUGCUGUGUCGGGCGCAAGGCGUGCUUUUCAUCGAGGCCGUGGCCGACCACAUCGUGAUCAGCGACUUCGAGCGGCCCCCAAAGCACGUGACAGAGUGGCGGGGGCUCCUAUCGCUCCACGUGGCCGACGUGCUCAAGGAGCCCCCACCACUCGUUGUCCAGCUAACGUGGCUCAGGGAUGGCGCUGCUGCGCUUGCCGUCGGGAUCAAGCACUGCCUGUGCGAUGGCAUCGGGAGUGCGGAGUUCCUCAACUCGUUCGCCGAGUUAGCCAAACUCGGAGGACUCGCCCUCAAGCUCAAGGCCAAGCCCAAGCCCAAGGCUAAGACUGUUUGGGAUCGCCACCUCAUGGACCCGCCAAUGCCGCGGCGUCUCCCUUGCGGCGGCGUGCACAGCUCGGCAGCGCAAACUCACCCCGAGUUCAACCGAGUUCCGGACCUCUGCAGCUUCACAUCUCGCUUCACCAACGAAAGGCUCAUCCCGACCUCAAUCACCUUCAACAGGGCCUCUCUCGACGAGCUCAAAAGGCUUGCCUCGUCCACAGGUCGACUCAGCGACUCGGCAUUCACGUCGUUCGAAGUUGUCACGGCUCAUAUAUGGAGAAGCUGGGCAAGAUCGCUAAACCUGCCUCCAAAUCAGACGCUAAAGCUUCUCUUCAGCGUGAAUGUUCGAAACCGAGUCAAGCCGAGCCUUCCGAGUGGAUACUACGGCAACGCGUUCGUCCUCGCAUGCGCACAGGCCAGCGUCAAAGACAUCGCGGAGAAGGGUCUAGGGUUCGCGACGAUGCUAGUGAAGAGAGAGAAAGACAGAAUCGACGACGAGUACGUGAGGACGGUGGUGGAGACGGUGAGCGAGUCGAGGGCAUGUCCUGACUCAGUCGGGGUCCUCAUAGUGUCGCAGUGGUCGAGGCUCGGACUGGAUAGGGUUGACUUCGGGAUGGGAAGACCGGUCAACGUGGGGCCCGUCUGCUGUGACCGGUACUGCUUGCUCCUCCCGCUGCAUGACAGGAGCGACGCCGUGAAGGUGAUGGUGGCGCUUCCCGCGAGCGCCGUCGAGAGAUAUGAAUGCUUGGUCAAGAGCCCAUGCACGUAAACGCACGGUCCCAUCCUGGCCCGGCCAGUUGACUUUUCAAAGAUCAGGCUAACACAAAAUUACAUCUUUCUCUAGAUCUUACGAUAACGAUGUCGGCUCAAGAAAUAUCUCAAGACAUAAACAGUUUUAUGUGUUGAAUGUCAAUCCUCGAUUUCAGUAACUUUCAAUCCAUUCGUCAAUAGACACACAUAUGGUGAUUAAGACCAUUUCUAUAU